UAUGAAACUCUUAGAAAAUAUAAAAAUUCUCAAGUCAAAUCACUGAACAUGGCUAAUUGUGAAGAUUGUUUUAUUUGCAAUAAAAUUGCUCAAAUAGGUUUACACAAUAAUAUUAGUAAAUUAUUGGAAAAAGUUCAACAGUGGGACGAGGUAGACUUAAUAAUGAAUUCAAAUCAGUUUAAACAUAUAAAUAAAUUUGAGUGUCUCUUGUGUUUUUUUAAAACAUUACAUUUUAAUGAAUGGAAGUGUCAUAUUAUGUCAUUAUCUCAUUUGGCAAAUUCUCACAGAAAUGAAAAUUUGUAUUCAUAUGUUUGUCAUAAUAAAACAUGUAAGCUAUUAUUGUAUGGACCCAACGAGUCUUUAAUUAAACAUAAUAUAGAGAAACAUUCAUUUAAAGAAGAUGUAUCAUCUAUAUCAAGUUUAAUGGCUGAAGUAAUGAAACGAUAUCUUACAGUCAAUCUAAAACCUUUGUACUUCUGUUCUCAUUGUAAACAUUUUGCAGAAACACCAAUUCAUACUGAUGUUAAGUUAUUGAAUAACAAAAUAAAAAUUCCUAUUGAAUAUUAUUGCAGAUUUUGUAGGGUUUCAUUUUUAUCUAGUUGUGAAAUGAUUGAUUAUCAUUUUUUAAGUGUAGAACAUAUGACAAUCAAGUGUUUUGAUGAAUUAUGCUCAGAAACUAAAACAAACUUAAAACAAAAACAAAUACUAGAAGAAUCAAAACCAGUGAAAAGUGAAGUUAAAAAAAGAAGAAAGAAAAAGAAAAGCAAAAAGAAAAAUACAGAAAUAGAAAAUGUUAAAAUGUCUAACAUACAAACCAUAAAACCAAGUAUAACACAGAAUGUUUCAGUAUCUCAAGAAUGUGAUGACAUAAAAAGUGAAUACAUACAAAAUGUACAAUUAAAUAAAAGUUUAACAAGUCUUAGUGUUGACGAAAGAAUAUUUUUGGACAAUGUACCAACAGUUCAGAAGUCUCUUGUAAACAAUAAUUUCCUUGAAAAAUCGAAUGAUGACGUGGAAACUAGCUGUAAAAAGUCUAAUGAAAACAUGAAGUUACCAAAUCACAGUAAACAUAGACAAAAAUACACAAAUUAUUUCAAACAUAAAAUUAAUUUAUUAAAAAAAUUGAGACAACAUGAAGAUCUUAUCUUGAAAACUUUGUCAUACUAUUGUGAUGUCUGUGAUUUUAUAGCUGUUGAAAAAUAUGCUUGGGAUAAACACAAUCAAUCAGAACAUUUUGUAGAUAGCUAUAGACCUAUAACUUACUGUUCUACUUGCUCUAUGUUUGUUAACGGGAACUACCAGGAACACAACCGUACAAUAGAACAUAGUAUGUUUUUGAACUUAUUACAAUUAUUAACACCAGUAGAAGUAUUGAAGAAUAAAACUUCAUUAAUAAAAUUGGUAGAAAAUGGUUCAUCAGAUAAAAAUUCUAUAAACCUAGAACAAAAAGAAAAAAUUGAGUUGAACAGUUUUGAUUACUUUGAAGAUUCUAAAUAUUCCACAGAUAAUAAUUACAAAAACAGUGAUUGUUCUGCAAUGAAAGAAUCAAGUAUAAAUAAGGAUGAUUCAAUAGUUAUGGAGAAUGGUAUAUUGUUAUUUGAUGAAUCCGAAAGUAAAUAUGAACACGAACGGGAUGAAACAAAUACUUCAAAUGCAACAAAACUGAUUCAUAGUGAAAUUACAACAUCGAAUAAUUUGCUUAACACAUUGAUUCCUAUUCCAUAUCAAGCAAAUGUACUUCUAAAGAAGAUACCCGAAAACUUAAAUCUUGGAAAUGUAUUGAUUGAUGAUUUGAGUUCUUCAAGUAAUUCAAGUUCAUUGAAUCAAGAUAUUGAACAAUUGAAAAGUCUGAUGGCAAAGUUAGAAACUCGUGUUACCUCAUUAGAAACUAAAAAGACAACAAAAUCUUCUUCUAAACCGGAAGAAAAGGAAACACCAAAAGUAAAUGAUGAGGAAGAUGAUGAUGUUGAUUUGUUUGGAUCAGAUUCUGAAAAUUUUGAAAACAAAAAAUUUGGUAAACUUGAUGAAGACCAACUAUAUGGAGAGUAUGUAACACAAAGGCUUAAAAACAUCAAAGAUGCAACUAUAAAACAGCAUGUCAAGCUUGAAAUAGAUUAUAUAUUUUAUACCAAAAUGAAACAAUUGUCACAUGAGAAUACAAAAUGCUGUGAACAUUCAGUGUAACUAGUUGUUAAGUUUUUAUUUAUACUUUUUUUACUAUAAACUACAAUUAAUAUAAACACAAGAAUUAAAUUUAUGUAUACAUGGUUGUUUAUUAAAAAUAUAUUAUUUUAA